CAAAUCUUUUCAGUAGCUCAUCUUAUACAUGUCGAUGUAUCCACAAGUUCAAGAACGUGUCCAGCAUGAGAUCGCUGACGUCAUAGGAAGCGGACGCAGAAUCGAGUUUAAGGACAAGUCUCGCCUUACCUACACCGAAGCGACUGUUUUAGAAGUAAUGCGAAUGACGACAAUUGCUCCAUUUGCGCUGCCAAAACUAACAGUUAAAGACACUACAUUAAAAGGAUACGACAUUGAUAAAGAAACCGUUGUCUUCUUCAAUCUCCAUUCCAUAUCGUAUGACAAGGAAUUCUGGGGCGAUCCCCAAACAUUUCGCCCUGAACGAUUAAUUGACGCAAACAAUAAAUUGAAUUUGGAAAAGUGCAACCGUAUUUUACCAUUUGGACUCGGACGAAGACGAUGUGUUGGAGAAUUUCUUGCAAGAAUGGAGCAAUUUCUUCUGUUUGCAAAUGUCAUCAGAAGAUGUAGAUUUUCAAAACCAGCAGGUGAAAGUUACGAUAUGGAACCCGACCCUGGUCUUGUAUACUCACCAAAAGCGUUUUGUGUUGUAGUAGAGGAGCGGCAAUGAUUUUGGUCUUCCAUUUUCUAAAUAGUGUGUGAAUUUCGAUAGAAUUAUUUGUGUGAUCCGCAACUAUUGACCUGGGCCUAGUAAAAACAUUAACUGGCUGUUAAACUAACCACUCAUUACAUUAUCAGUCAAAAUACUAGUGUUAGUCAUGGUUGGAAAUACCAGUAUGAUAUUUUGCUUAAACUAUAGAGAAUUUUAGUGUUAAUAAUCCUUAACUCCAACAUCCUUGGAUUCCAUUCUGUUGUAGCGGAGAUAGCCUACAAACAGUUGCAAUUUCCUGGUCAGCCUUGUUUUCUACCAGAAAAUUACCUGGCAAAACAAGAAUAUGUCAAACGGCUAGUUCACUUUUCAAUGAUGAAAAACAAGUUUAUUUAUUAAUUUCAGACACCCGCAGAGUCCUUCAAAAGUACGGUCUAAAUUGCGUAUUAAUAA